CUGCUGCGACUGAGGCGGCGACGCGCGACUGAGACCCUGCGUCCGGCUUGCCUCCGGGCGGGCAGCGUGAGCGGCGGGGCGCGCCGCCCGGCCGGGGAAUGCGGGACCGGCUGCCGGACCUGACGGCGUGUCGGAAAAAUGACGAUGGAGACACGAGUGUCGUGGUUGAAAAGGACCAUUUUAUGGAUGAAUUCUUCCAUCAGGUGGAGGAGAUUAGAAACAGCAUUGCCAAGAUCGCCCAGUUUGUGGAAGAAGUCAAGAAGAACCACAGCAUCAUCCUUUCUGCACCAAAUCCAGAAGGAAAAAUAAAAGAAAACCUUGAAGAUCUAAACAAAGAAAUCAAGAAAACCGCCAAUAAAGUCCGAGCCAAGCUCAAGUCCAUUGAACAGAGUUUUGACCAGGAUGAGGGUGGGAACAGGACAUCCGUGGACCUUCGGAUACGACGGACGCAGCACUCAGUGCUGUCCCGGAAGUUUGUGGAGGUCAUGACAGAGUACAACGAGGCUCAGACCCUGUUUCGGGAGCGAAGCAAAGGGCGCAUACAGCGUCAGCUGGAGAUAACCGGAAAGACCAUGACCGAUGAUGAACUUGAGGAGAUGCUGGAGAGUGGGAACCCUUCCAUUUUCACCUCAGAUAUUAUAUCAGAUUCACAGAUCACAAGACAGGCUCUCAAUGAAAUUGAGUCACGUCACAAAGAUAUUAUGAAAUUGGAAACCAGUAUCCGCGAGCUGCAUGAGAUGUUCAUGGACAUGGCUAUGUUUGUUGAGACUCAGGGUGAAAUGAUCAACAACAUAGAAAAAAACGUUAUGAAUGCUGCAGACUAUGUAGAACAUGCUAAAGAAGAAACUAAAAAAGCUAUUAAAUAUCAGAGCAAAGCAAGAAGGAAAAUGAUGUUCAUUAUUAUUUGUGUAAUUGUUUUGCUUGUGAUCCUUGGAAUUAUCCUAGCAACGACGUUGUCAUAGCAGCCACAUCCCAAGAGCUGUUCACCCUUGGUGACUCAGGCUACAUCCGCAGCAAACCCACAUCCUAUCAUUUCACGAGCGAGUCCUCAGCGUUGUGACGCACUCUGCCUGGGCUGCGAUUCCUUUUCUGUUAGUGACCGCAAAGAGAACACACAGCCCGGGAAGCAUUGGAGGCAGAGUGUCAGGGUUCAGUCGGUGCCCUUGGGCUCUGUAACACACCACCCAAAUGUUUCAAUGUGGAGCUGGCUUCAAUGGCCUUACAAUAAGGAAUUACUGAAGAUCUUAAUUUUCACUUUCAUACUUCAGUGUUAAAAAUGUUCAUGUGAAGUUUAAUAAGGAGUACUUUCUAUUAUGAAACUAUUGGGUGUCAAGUGUAAACCUUGACUCCCUCCCCUGCUCCCAGCAAGCAAGCUAAUUAAGAGCCGUUUUGUGCUGUUUAAUCCAUGUUUCUUUCUUGUUUGCAAAGAUGAUCUCUGUCAUCAUCCCAAAAGCUGUUUUGUAAGAUACUUAUAGUCUUAAAUGUUUACAAAUUGUUUAAUAUAUUACCAUCUUAAUUGACUGUUUUAUAUACUAAAAAAUAUAUCUUUUGAAUAAAAUAGGAAAUCUCAUCAUCCUAGAGCCAUCUCUGUAGAGUUGUUUACCAGGCUUGCGUUUGCCAUAAAAAAGUGCAGUGGUUGCAAAGCACCCCAAGGAAACUCUUCAAGUGCCUUCUGUUAAUAUGAGCCCCCCAUACCUCCUAAACCCCCUCUCUGGUCCCUGCAGAGAAGUCUGGAUAUUGUACUGAGCUCCUUUGCUGCCUGCUUCAUUGUCCAGGACAAUAAAUUGUCAGUUAGCACAGUAAAGACAAUGGUCUCUUUUUUGUUCACUAAACAAAUGAACAGGUUGGUGUUUUCCUGUUUAUACCACUGGACUCUGAAAUUAAGUCUGAUGAUGAAACCCAGAUUUAGGACUCAAGGAACAGAGUCCUAGACAUUAAGUAAUUAAAAAAAAGUAAACUCUAGUUCACUUCAAUAAUCUUGUUAUGUACCUGAUAAUUCUGAUGUUCAAAAGUUAACUGGCAAAGGUUCUAGAUGUUUCUGAUAAGCAUCUUGUUCUUAUUGUUCGUUUUUUUUUUGGUAAAACAAUAUGAUUUGUUUCCAGUCUGAUAAAAAUGUAUGAAAUCUUACCAGUGAGUGGAUGUUUGUGAAGAGAGCAACUUGUUAGCAUUUUAGUUGAAUAGGUAAUGGAUAUCCCAAACAUAUUCUGUGCCCUUGUAAAUUACUAUAUAUGCAUUCAGCUGUAUGUUAACAUGGUUAGGUCUGAAAGCUAACCUCAGGGAUAUAUGUAUGCUUGGAAGUGUGGAUAAUAGCGAACGGUUUAGAGGUGUCCCUUCUGUGACAGCACCAUGUUUUGCCACCCCCCUGAACCCCCCAGCCAAAUUUAAUGGCAUCAGAGUCAAGCCUGUAGGCACAUGUCUCAUUUACUUGCUGGUUAACCCUGUGCACUCAGAACUUCUGUAGGAAGAUGCCAGCUCACAUAUGUCUCAUAUUUUUAAAAGGCCUGUUAGGAAUAUGUUUAAGUUGACUAUAUAUAACUUGUCUCGAAGGGUAUUUAAGUAUGUAGAGAUCAUGACUGUAUUUCUGUAACGUUUAUACAUUUGCAUAAUUAUGUCUACAAGUAGAAGGACUUCAUGCGGUCAGCACCCCUCUGUACACGUCUGCUUUUUCUUCACGUUCAGUCUUAGCGAGAUCCUAACUUUCUUAACAAUUCUUAAAUUAUGGAAAUGCUCUUUGGUUUCUCGAUGAUAAACAAGUCAGUUGUCAGAUGCCACGUUUGUAUGUCCAGACUCCAUGUAUCUCUUUGAAAUCCAAUUUAAAAAAUAGUUGCAGAUCCAUUUGUUAGUUUCUCAUUUUUUAUGUUAAUAUUAAAAAACAUUCCCUGAGAACUGAAAAUCAAAUGCUUUCUGGCUUGUCAUUUCUGGAAAGACUUUUAGAGAUGUUUAAUUGUAUAUCCAUUAAUAAACUGUUCUAAGAAAAUUA